AUGGCGUGCAUCAAGAGCGCGCAGCGGGCGGCGCAGACGGCACUGGCGCCGGACGCGCCGUACCUCGCCGCGGGCACCAUGACCGGCGCCGUCGACUUGAGCUUCUCCAACUCCGCCAACAUCGAGAUCUUCCGCCUCGACUUCCAGUCCGACUCCCCGGACCUCCCGCUCCUCGCCUCCGCGCCUUCCCCGGACCGCUUCAACCGCCUCUCCUGGUCGCGCCCGGGCGCCGUCGAGGGCGACUCCUUCGCGCUAGGACUCCUCGCCGGUGGCCUCAGCGAUGGCUCCGUCGCCGUGUGGAACCCGCUGAGCAUGAUCAGCUCCGAGGGGAAAGCGGAGGACGCCAUGGUCGCGCGUCUGGAGAAGCACACCGGGCCGGUUUGUGGACUGGAGUUCAGUGAUCUCACGCCGAAUCGGCUCGCUUCUGGGGCUGAGCAGGGGGAGCUUUGCAUCUGGGAUCUCAAGAACCCUGUUGAGCCAAUUGUGUACCCACCACUCAAGAGUGUUGGGUCCCAUGCGCAAGCUGAAAUCUCUUGUUUAUCCUGGAAUCCCAAGUUCCAACAUAUAGUUGCCUCAACUUCGAGUAAUGGGAUGACAGUUGUUUGGGAUUUAAGGAAUCAGAAACCACUGACUAGUUUUUCAGAUUCAAAUCGAAGGAAAUGCUCUGUUCUCCAAUGGAAUCCAGAUAUGUCCACCCAGCUGAUUGUUGCAUCAGAUGAUGACAACUCUCCCUCACUGAGAGUUUGGGAUGUGAGGAAGACCAUCUCACCAGUUAGAGAAUUCGUUGGCCAUUCAAAAGGUGUAAUUGCUAUGUCGUGGUGCCCCUAUGAUAGUUCAUUCUUGCUUACAUGUUCAAAAGACAAUAGAACAAUUUGCUGGGAUACUGUUAGUGGAGAGAUUAUUAGUGAACUACCUGCAAGUGCUAAUUGGAACUUUGACCUUCACUGGUACCGGAAAAUACCAGGUGUCAUUGCAGCAUCCUCAUUUGAUGGGAAAAUUGGCAUAUACAACCUAGAGUUCUCUGGUCUUUAUGCGGCUGGUGAUACUGUUGGUGCCCCAGCACGUCCAAGGGCUCCGGCUCCAAAAUGGUUGAAAUGCCCCACUGGUGCAUCUUUUGGCUUCGGUGGUAAACUUGUUUCUUUCCAUCCGGUGGCACCCACCCAAGGUGCACAAGCAUCUACAUCUGAGGUGCAUGUUCACAAUUUGGUGAUUGAGCAAAGUCUGGUGAGCCGAUCAACUGAAUUUGAAGCUGCUAUUCAGAAUGGCGACAAAAGUUCGCUGCGUGCUCUGUGUGAAAAAAAAUCACAAGAAUCUUUAUCUGACGAGGAGAGAGAAACAUGGGGCUUCUUAAGGAUUAUGUUUGAGGACGGGGAUUUUGCACGGACAAAAUUGCUUACUCAUCUUGGCUUCGAACCACCUCAGGCACCACCUGCAAGUUCAACUGAUGAAUUGAGCCAAACAUUGGCAGAUACACUUAAUCUUGAUCAUGCCACAGUAACCGAUAAUACGGAUGCCCAGUUUCUUAUUGAUAAUGGGGAUGAUUUUUUCAACAAUCCUCAACCUUCAGAGGCUAGCUUGGCUGAAGAACCAGUUUCUACAAAUGAUCAACAGAUAGAGCAGGAAAUGUCUGGAGAUGUUGUGCCGUCAGAUCCAUCAAUUGACAAAAGCAUUCAACAUGCAUUGGUGGUUGGAGACUACAAAGGGGCAGUUAACCAGUGUCUUGCUGCUAAUCGUAUGGCUGAUGCUUUGGUUAUAGCCCAUGCCGGUGGUUCUGCUCUCUGGGAAAGUACAAGAAAUCAUUAUCUUAAGAACAGUAUCUCGCCCUACUUAAAGGUUGUCUCUGCUAUGGUGGGCAAUGAUUUAAUGAGUUUUGUGAGUACCUGGCCACUAAGUUCAUGGAAGGAAACUCUUGCUCUGCUUUGCACAUUUGCACGGAAAGAGGAGUGGCAUAUUUUGUGUGACACGCUUGCGUCUAGACUUCUGAAUGUUGGAGAUACGCUAGCUGCAACCCUCUGUUAUAUUUGUUCUGGAAAUAUUGACAAAGCUGUUGAAAUUUGGUCCCGCACCUUGAAAUCUGAAGAUGGUGGGAAGACUUAUGUUGAUCUUCUCCAGGAUUUGAUGGAAAAAACCAUUACUCUUGCCCUUGCUACGGGCCACAAGAGAUUUAGCACGUCACUGUCUAAGCUUGUUGAGAACUACGCUGAAUUGCUGGCUAGUCAAGGUCUUCUUAAAACUGCAAUGGUGUAUUUAAAACUGUUGGGAUCAGAUGAACAUUCGCAAGAGCUGGCAAUUUUGAGAGAUCGAAUUGCAUGUUCUACAGAAGAGAACGAUAAUGCUAGGAGUUCUGUUUCUGAAAGCACCGGCACUCCUUCCCCCAAUGUCACAAAUCAACCAUAUACCACCCCAGACCAUUCUCAGAAUGUUUACCAGGUACCUCAACCAUACAAUUUUCCAAGUAAUACAUAUUCAGAAGCUUACCCACAACAACCUACUGGAGCCUAUGGAUACAACAACGCAUAUCAACCUCAACAACCAACCAAUAUGUUUGUUCCACCUAGCACACCUGCCAAUUCUCAGCAACAGCCAGGCCCUUCACCUGUACCAGUGCCUCAGCAAACAGUGAAGACAUUUACUCCUGCGAACCCAGCUGGGUGCUGCAAAUCAACCGUAUUCUUCUGGACCAUCUGCUCCUUAUCCAAGCGGACCUCCAACAACAUUUCAUCAGCCUGUAUCGCCUGUUCAAUAUCAGCCUGCUGCUCCACCAGUAUCUUCUUUUGGUCCGGCGCGCCCCAUUCAGGAACAGUCCCUAACCAGAUGUUUCCACAUUCUGCUGCUACUAACUCAACUUCUAGGUUUAUGCCAUCGAACAAUCAAAGCUUUGCUCCGAGGCCAGGUUUAAGUCCUGCACAGCCCUCAAGUCCGACGCAGGUGCAGGCACAGCCAGCUCCUCCUGCACCUCCGCCGACUGUGCAGACAGCUGAUACGACAAAAGUGUCUGCUGAGCUGAGACCUGCAAUUGGUACACUAACCAGGCUAUUCGAUGAGACGUCCAAAGCUCUGGGAGGAUCACAAGCAACUCAAGCAAAAAAACGUGAAAUUGAGGACAAUUCAAGGAAAAUAGGGGCAUUGUUUUCAAAACUAAAUAGUGGCGACAUAUCUCCAAAUGUUUCAUCAAAACUCAUUCAGUUGUGCAGUGCAAUUGAUGCUAGUGAUUUUGCCACUGCGAUGCACCUCCAGGUACUCUUAACAACAAGUGACUGGGAUGAGUGCAACUUCUGGCUUGCGGCAUUGAAGCGGAUGAUCAAGACAAGGCAGAAUUUCAGAAUGUAA